AUGGCAGCCGCAGCCGCAGUAACGGCUUCUGUGAAUAAUUCGACUACAACAGCCAAUGCACCUACUAAUACGGUAACUGCAGUAACUGCUGCAAUUACAAACAGGUUCGCGACCAAUGGCACGACGACUGUUAGCGAUCCUAUUACAAAUGACGAUAACACCAUAUCAACAUCAAUAAAUAAUUACGGCAGUAUUCCACCCCCACAAACUAUGAUGACAACUUUUAGUUCGAAAACAAUUUCAACUACUCCUAAACGAUAUAAAUGUGAGAUUUGUCAAAAACGGUUUACAAGGCCAAGUUCACUACAAACUCAUAUGUAUAGUCAUACCGGCGAAAAACCUUUCAAAUGUCCAAUUGAAGGAUGUGGUCGACAUUUCUCGGUAGUUAAUCCAAAAGGUAAAACAAUCUUAAAUGGAGAGAAAGAACGACAAGGAGAUUUUAUAUUUACGGCAAAUUAUGUAGGAGAAUAUUCAUUUUGUUUUGCUAAUGAUAUGUCAACAUUUGCAGAAAAGCUUGUUGAUUUUGAGAUCACAGUUGAGAUGAACAGGCUUGGAAAAAGAACUGAUUUUAUAUAA